AUGCAUUCGGGCCGCUCUCUGUCGCGAUCUGGUCCAAGACAAAGACGUGUGUCCCACGCCACCCCCCAUGACCAGUUUCAAGGUGAUGUUUCGUCGGCAUCUGCUGGGGCAGGACACAUGCGCAUGGAGCUGCUGCAGAAGCAGGACCACAUUCAUGAGUUUUUCAGCCAAGUCAUAUGGCGGAGGCCUUACGCCUCGCCGAAGCUGCUGCUACUGGCGAUUGGAGGCAGCUGUUCGCAGAAGACUCCAGUUGUUACCAAGGGGGUGGACACCGGCAUCCUCAACUCACCGGGAUUGGUGGAGACGUUGAACUGGCAUGUGUCGACGGUCUACGAUGAGCGCGUGGGAACAGCUUUCAACUUCAUCUACGAUGUGUUGCAGUUCUCAUCGGGGCGAGACAAGUUCUGCGCUCUGAUGCAGGGCUACUGCAAAUUCGCCAGCGAGGUGCUUUCCGAGCCAGACAGCGAGCGGCAUUGGAUGUACAGGGGGAUGGAGGACAGCCUCAGUGACGGACGCAAGAUUUUCAGACUGUUCAAAGAGUUCAGAGAAGUCUACAAGGUUCGUCGAGGGUGGAGUCGAUUCUCCCAGGGUGCACAGGAGCAUGGAACUUUGUCCGUUCCUGCAGCAUGUGGAAUCCUUGAUAUGCUUGGUCACACCUGCUCUUUCUUCUACUACCUAGGUGACAACCUUCUCUGGGCUGCGUCGGUUGGUCUCGUGCGCUCGAAAGAAGUUCCACAGAUGCAGCGGAGGAUGUGGAAGGGCUUCCGCAAGAACGGGGCUGUGUUGAGAGCUCUGGGAGGUGUCGCAAACGUCAAGCGCAAGCGCAACUGGGCGUCCAUAUGGAGGCUGAAUUUUGCGAUCUGUGCCAAUUUGCUCCUGCUGUAUAAGGCUUUGCUGAGGCUCGGCCUUCGUCGUGUGGAAGAUCCAGAUGACGCUCGUCUUUUUCACGUGCUGGAGAUCCUUGGCAUGUUUGCCAGCUACAGAGUCCUCCUCUCGAAACUGAAGCUCGCGAAAGCCUCCCAUGCGAGGCUGGGCCUGCUUUCGAUGCUGGCAGCGGCCUGUGGCAUUUGGAGCAACUGGCGCAAGGUGCGGCGGAAGAACUGCGGCACCAAAACUUGGAUGGUCUCAGACCUCAAGUCUGAGGAAAGGCAUCUGCCAACACGAUUGCUGGAUGUCUCGGCAGCGCUGCGAGUGAGAUUCCUGGAGUUUGUGCAGCAGGCGCCGCUUCUGAGUGAGACCCAGACCGAGUGGGACCCAGAGUUGACGCGGUCUCCUUUCACUGGUGAUGGUCGACCGUCAGAACCUGAGAGAAUACAAAUCACUAUACAUGCCCCAAGCGCGAGUGCCGCCAAUUUGGCACCUAGUAAUCAGUCGCUGGUAGGGUCGGGUGCAGAUGCACCGCCUGGCUCGGAUGAGGGACCAUUGACUGGUUUAACGUCUGACGAGGCUGCAGCAAGGCUUAGCCAAUUCGGGCGGAACGAGAUACCCGAGCAUGUUGAGCCUUGGUAUGUUAUGCUUGGAAAGCAAUUCGUUGGCAUGAUGCCUUUCAUGCUCAUCGUUGCUGCGGCGCUUUCUGCCAUCACGGAAGACUGGGCCGACUUCGCAGUUAUUACGCUCAUGUUGGUUGUGAAUGCCUUUAUUGGUUUCCACGAAGAGUUCAAGGCCCGCCAGUCCUUGGACGCACUGAAGGCUCAGAUGACGGCUACGGUUCCUGUGAAGCGUGAUGGGAACAUGAUCAUCGUUCCUGUUGCAGACCUCGUGCCAGGUGAUGUGAUCUUCCUGCGCGGUGGGAACAUCGUCCCUGCGGACUGUGAGUUCUUGGAAGGCGAUGAAAUGUUGGUGGACACGGCUGCUUUGACCGGUGAGCCCAUUCCACGCAAGAUUCCUCGUCCGGAUCGCGAAGGCGAGGCGACGGGAUCAGGGAAGUUGCUGCUUUCAGGCUGCAUUGUGAAGCAGGGUGAGGCCCACUGCGAAGUGAGGGAGACAGGGCUGAACACAGAGAUAGGGCAAGCUGCCGGCCUUGUGGCAGAAGCCUCUGGCCAUCAACCGGGCAUCUUUGAGACCAAGAUCAUGCAGGUGGUGCAUGCUGUUAUACUGCUAGCGCUCGUGGAUGCCGGUGUCGUGCUGUAUGUUGAUGUCGCCCACCGGGGAACUGCGUUCUCCAAGGCGCUCCUCAAUGUGCUGGCGUUGGUGAUCGGUGCUGUGCCCAUCGCGCUUCCGCUGGUAAUGCAGGUGACAAUGGCGAUCGGAGCGGCAAGCAUGGCCAGCAAGAAAGCCAUUGUGACACAUUUAACCGCCCUCCAAGAAAUCGCAUCCAUGACGGUUUUGUGCUCCGAUAAGACCGGCACAUUGACAACAGCUGAUAUGAGGGUCCUGCCUCACAGAACAUGGACUCGCAAUAAGCUGCCAAAAGAUGAUGCGCUGCUUUAUGCAUGCUUGGCAUCCAACCCAGCAAACAAGGAAGACCCGAUAGACAAGGCCGUCCUGGGUUCAGGGAGCGAACACUUUGGAGUUGAUGAGGCCGAACAGCUUAUGGCAAAAUACAAGAAGACUAAGUUUGUGGGCUUCAACCCAACCGUCAAGCGGACCGUUGUGUAUUGCGAGCACGAAGAGAAAGGCAAGCUCAAAAUCUCAAAGGGGCUUGUGGACAAAGUUCUGAUCACCGGGGAAGAUGGAGGAGACUGCUGGGAGUGCGAAGAUGCCGUCGUUCUCAAGGAUGAAUUAAAAGAGGUUGACCUUCGCUUGUCAUCGCAGGGGUACAAGACGGUCGGCUUGGCUGUCUCUGAAGGUGAAGGCCCCAUGCAGUUUGUCGCCAUCAUUCCCAUGCUCGAUCCCCCACGGCAAGACACACAACUUACCAUUUACCGGAUCCGAUCGGCUGGGAUCAAUGUCAAGAUGAUAACCGGCGACCACCUGAACAUAGCAGUGGAAACAAGUCGCCUGAUCGGUCUGGGGACAGGCAUUCUCCCUGCUUCUGAUUUGUGGCCGGCAUCAGCGACUCGAGAUGAGACGAUUAUGACAUCGGAUGGAUUUGCGCAGGUUCUUCCCAAGGACAAGCGGGAGGUCAUACUCGUGCUGCAGAAUCGGGGGCUGGUUGUCGGCAUGACUGGUGACGGAGUUAAUGACGCUCCGGCAUUAGCUCAAGCGCAGAUCGGCAUUGCAGUAGAUGGAGCGACCGAAGCAGCACGGUCAGCUGCGGACAUCAUACUUACAUCCCCGGGACUUUCCGCCAUUUUCGAUGCCGUCGUCGAGUCUCGGAAGAUUUUCGCCCGGCUGAGGUCGUAUGUGUUGUACCGCAUCGCAGCCACCAUCCAAAUCGUACUGGUCUUAUCGGUACUCAUUUAUGCGUACAAUGACACCAUGCCUGCGAUCUAUGUGAUUUUGCUUGCCCUGGUGAACGAUGUUACCAUGCUUCCGGUUGCAAGUGACAAUGCCUCCCCGUCGGCACUCCCUGAAAUUCCUUCGAUGCCAUCGAUUCUCUUGGCUUCUUUCCUUUAUGGUAUUCUUGGCACAGCCCAGACGAUGGCCUUGUAUAUGUCGGACCUCCUAGAAGGAGAUGGCUCUGAUGAAUAUCGCAUGGCAGUGACAUACCUUCAGAUGUCCAUUGCAGUCGAGCUGUUUAUCUUCUCGUGCCGAACGCCUGUGUACGUCUUCAACCUCUUUCGGUCGGAUGCUUUCCCAUCCCUGCUCCUGCUGGUGUGCGUCAUGGGUGGCAACAUUCUGGUCUCGCUGCUGGCUGGCUUCGGGGACACGUUUAAGAUUGUGCACAAAGUAGCUUGGGUCGACAUUGGCUGGAUUUGGUUAUACGACUUGCUCGGGUUGUUGGUGAUUGAUUUCUUGAAGCGCUUCUUCAACAUCGUUGGCCUUGACUGGAUGUCCGCUGGAGCUGGUGGCGAUGUACUUGGUUAUCCGAGCUUGCCCGACGAGUUCCAUCACGCGAGCCACCGAUCCACUUUACUGCACCACAGAUCUAGCGUCAGGAGCGUCCUGUACCACAGUCGACUCUCCACGAUCUCCCAGGGUGGUGGUCUGGCAGCCGGUGCUAUGCACGCAAAGCCAUCCGGUUCAACUCUGCCUUUCCCGCACAAUCUGCGGGCACAGGCACUUCGCCACCUUCACUCGUUCUAG